AUGGCAAGCGAAACCGAAAACCUGAGAGCUAUUGCCCUUGACCCAAGUCACCCAACACCUACUGACGUUGGUGAAAUAUACGACGAAACCUCUGACAGUCUGACUGAUAUGUUGGGGGGAUAUAUCCAUGUCGGGUAUUGGGAGGACCCGAGUAAGCAAGAAACAGCUGAGGUAGUCGGCGACCGACUGACGCGCGAGGUUGGCGUCCGACUUUCUCCUGCCCAAGGAGAGCACAUCCUCGAUGUUGGCUGUGGGACAGGAAAGUCCACCGCACAACUAGCCGGCAUCUAUGAUGCUCAAGUGACCGGAAUCACCAUUAGCAAGCAGCAAGUCGAAGUUGCUCGCUCUCAGUACGGAAGAAAAAUGCCGGCUGGACAAGUCCACUUUCAGUUUGCCGACGCGAUGGAUCUGCCGUUUGGGGAUGCCUCUUUUGACGGUGCCUACGCCAUUGAAUCCCUGGUGCACAUGCUCGACAAACGCACUGCCCUCGCGCAGAUCGCUCAAGUCCUUCGUCCCGGCAGUCGACUGGUCAUUGCAGAUCUUGUUUCUGAUCAUCCGUGCCCCGAUUCACCGGUCUUGGCACGCUAUGCAGAAAUCUUUGAACCCCCCUUGGUCUCUGCUGAUGACCUCCAAAAUCUUCUACGCCAGGCCGGGUUUAAGGUCAUUGAUGUCACCGACAUACGAGAGAACAUCCGGCCUUCCUGCAAAUUGUUUGAAACAAAGGGUCUAUCCCUGGGGGGUGAACUGGGGCAAAAGCUUCUCGAAAUAGCAUCCAUUCUGGAGGAAAUGAACGAGCUCGGAUAUGCACUUAUCACUGCAGAGCGCCUCUAG